CACACACUGGACGGCCACAACCCAACGGAUAUUGUCAAAAGUAUCACACACCUACUGGAGCCUCUCGAUAGCAGAAGAAUACCGAUGUUUGCAAUCUUAUAUCCAAUUGCACUCUCACAGGAGCAGCGUGAAAUGUUUCAUAAAGCCCACGAAUUCACCCACGACCAUUGUACAACAUUCUUGAAGGAGUCUCGAUUCAGUGAUAAACAGAGUAUAGAUGUCGCGGGUUGUCUAUUUUUGGACCUGACGCCUAUGCAAGUGGCCGCAAAGUGGGUACGUGGAAGAUUAGUUAAUGGACGGUGGCAGCUUGGGAAAAAUGAUACUACCACAUUGACUGUCUUAGGUAGCGUUGACGAACUUUCGCUGGAAGAAGUGAUCGAGAAGCUCAUUCUUCCAACCGUGUCAAGCUUGGCUGCUGUCCGGGGGGUGGCCAUUCUCAAACCAGAGAAUGCAUUUCCCAAUGUUAAAACAUGGGAUUUAAACCAUUACUUUCUCGACAUUCCAGUGAAAUGGUUAUCGACUGCCGACAUUUCUUAUGGAGCGGCUUGUAUACUCGAGAACGACUUCCCGUAUAGUAUUUGUGACUUCUCGCCCGGGGAGGGAGAGCUCGUUGAAGAUGCUCUGGACAUACAACUCGCGGAUGGACAACUUAUUACUCUCCUCCCGAUGUCUUCUCCUCUUCCAGCCACUGAGCUAUUCUAUUUUACAACUUCGAAAGACAACCAGACGACCGCCACCCUAUUAUUUAGCAAGAAAGGUACAUCCUGCGGAGUAGCCAUCCUUGAAUUGACUCCCAAAGUGAGAGGCGCAGCACGGAUCAAAGUUGUGAUUCAAUGCGAUUCGUUUGAACGCACGAAGGUGACGACCCAAGAGCUUGGUUCCUCGGACAAGGUGAUAUUAGUACUAGACGAUGUAGUACUGAAGGACGCCAGAAUUCGUGGGUUGCUACCUACAAUAUCUGCGGAAUCGAAGUUUCCAGUACCUGGCGUUGAUGGGGUUAUCGGAGAACUUCCGGAAUAG